AGCUGCUGUCGGGGCUCCCUGGCUCUCCUGCUCCUCUCGGCACCUCCGGCCUCACUCUGCAAUAUGAAGGCGCUGAGCCCGGUGCGCGGCUGCUACGAGGCGGUGUGCUGCCUGUCCGAACGCAGCCUGGCCAUCGCGCGCGGGCGCGGCAAGGGCCCGGCGGCCGAGGAGCCGCUGAGCCUGUUGGACGACAUGAACCACUGCUACUCGCGCUUGCGGGAACUCGUACCCGGAGUCCCGCGAGGCACUCAGCUUAGCCAGGUGGAAAUCCUGCAGCGCGUCAUCGACUACAUCCUCGACCUGCAGGUGGUCCUGGCCGAGCCCGCCCCUGGACCCCCCGACGGCCCGCAUCUUCCCAUCCAGACAGCCGAGCUCGCUCCGGAACUCGUGAUCUCCAACGACAAGAGGAGCUUCUGCCACUGACCUGGCAGCCCUGGCGCCUCCAGAACGCAGGUGCUGGCGCCCGUUCCGCCUGGGACCCCGGG